AUGGGACCGUUCAAGCAAGGCACACUUCUCUCAUUCCUCUACAAUCAACUCUUCGUCACACCUCCCCUCUCUCCUACACUCUCCUUCGCCGGACAAACCGUCAUCGUCACCGGCUCUAACGUCGGCCUCGGUUUCUCGGCAGCACAACAAAUCGCACAGCGUGGCGCGUCAAAAGUCAUCCUCGCCGUGCGCACCGUAGCUAAAGGCGAAAUUGCGGCUCAAAGGAUCCGAGAUAGUCUCCCUUCUUCGUCGAAGACACAGUUAGAUGUCUGGCCCCUCGACCUCUCGUCGUACCAAUCUGUGAAGGACUUUGCCGCAAUGGCAAACACGGAGCUGGAGAGGUUGGACGUGUUGCUCGAGAAUGCGGGAGUUGGUAUGUUUGAGUUUACAUUGCAGGAAGAGGACGAGGCGUCGAUCAAGACGAACGUACUCAGCACCACCCUCCUGGCUCUGCUACUCCUUCCGAAGCUCAGAGAGUCGGCACAGAAGUUUGGCAUAGUCCCUCGUGCGGUGAUCGUGUCGAGCAAUGUUGGGUUCUUGGCGAAGUUCAAGGAACGCCAUGCAGAGAAUAUCUUCGAGGAAUUGAAUAAUCCAAGGUCAGACAUGAAAGACCGGUACAACGUCUCCAAGCUCUUAGAAGCUUUCAUCGUCAACGAAAUCGCCGCUCGUAUCUCAUCCAGUUCAGAGCCUCCUGUCACCCUCAACAUCCUCAGCCCAGGCCUCUGUGCAACUGAACUCGCGCGCAACGUUCAUGGCCUCCAACGUCUCUUCAUGACCCUACAAUACAAACUCAUCGCGCGAAGCAUGGAGGUGGGUGCCCGGACGCUCGUCCACGCUGCGGGUGCCGGUCCAGAAACACACGGGAAAUUCUUGAGCGAGUGUGAGGUACAUAUUAUGCCUAUGGAAGCGAAUUUGUGGGGGGAUGAGGAGGAGUUGCAGAAGAGGAUAUGGAACGAGGUGAUGAUGAAGUUGGAGAAAGUCGCUCCGGGGGUGUCGAAGAUUGUUUGA